AUGGUAUGUUAUAUUUGUUUACAACAUAAUGAUCAUAAUGUUGUAUCAAGUUCAUUGGAAACACAUGAAAUUAUACUUAAAUAUUCAAAUUUAUUUGAUUUUGAUCAAUUAUUAAUUUCAACUCAAAUUGGAUCUAUAGAAGAAAUUCAUGUUAAUAUUACAUAUCUUUUAUCUUUAUGUGAACAUGGUGAUCUACAUUUACGUGGUGCAUGUGCAAGUUUACUUGCUACAUUAAUUCAAACAACAAUUCAUCUUUUAUUAAACAAUGUUCACUUGUAUCAACUGAUUCACAAGACAGUUCAAGGAAUUAAAUUAUUAGAAGAUUCUAUUCAACAUACUACAAGUUCCUGUAUUCUUGCUAAAGUUAGUCUAGCUCAACUUAUGGAUGAUAUUGAUUUUCGAAUAUUAACUUAUCUUGAACAACAAUUAAAACAACAGUACCCUGAUAUACGUGCUGCUAUACUCGAUUUACAUGUUCAAUUACUUUUAAUUCGUCAUUUUAUUUAUUGUAUUGCUGAAUUUCUUGUUAUGUUAUCACAUGAUACACUUCAUUCAAAACAAGUUAUUAAAAUACAAGAUUUAAUAAAACAUUAUGAUUCAUUAUUAGCAAGUGGACAUGAACCUGAAACACAUGCUUUGACAGCAUUAGAACCAGUUUUAUAUGAUUUUUUUUCUUUUAUUGUUAAUAGUGUUCAAAUUGAAGAUGAUAAAUGGGAACGUCUUUCACGACAAAUUGUCGAUUUACUUCUUGCUCAUUUACAAUCUCAGAAUGAUGUUUUAUCAUCAGUUAAUGAAACACGAGAUGAAACUUUUAGUGCAACUCUUCUUCGUGUUUUACAUGACGUAAUAUUACGAAUUUUAACUAAUACUUGA